UGGAAAAACAUCUAUAGUGUUUGGCAGCUAACAAGGCAGGCAAUAUUAAACACUCAUAUUGGGCUCCCGAGUGGCGCAACGGUCUAAAGGCACUGCAUCUCAGUGCUGAAGGCAUCACUACAGACACCCUCGUUCGAAUCCAAGCUGUAUCACAAUCGGCCGUGAUUGGGAGUACCAUAGAGCGGCGCACAAUUGGCCCAGCGUCGUCCGGGUUUGGCCGGUGUAGGCUGUCACUGUAAAUAGGAAUUUGUUCUUAACUCACUGGUCUAGUUAAAUAAAGGUUAAAUAAAAAAAAAUAUAUAUUAAACUAUUCAACAUGCCAUUCUAUGCAAACGUUUGUGUUAUUAAAAGAAAUUGUGGUAUUAUAAGACAUGACAUAUACAUGUCUUUGAACGGGGUAUGGUAUUAGGUACCAGGGGUACUGGUUUGUGUCAAGAACUUCUGGGUUUCUCAUGCUCAACAGUUUCCCAUGUGUAUCAAGAAUGGUCCACAACCUUAAGGACAUCAGCCAACUUGACACAACUGUGGGAAGCAUUGGAGUCAACAUGGGCCAGCAUCCCUGUGGAACGCUUUCGACACCUUGUAUAGUCCAUUCCCCGACGAAUUGAGGCUGUUCUGAGAGCAAGGCGGGGGUGUAUUCUUUACAUGUUUUAUACACUCAGUGUAUGUUCUUACAUGCUUACAUGUUAUAAAGCAUAACACCUGCAGGCUUUAAGUAAAUUGUUACCCACAAUUCAGCAGGUUAUAGGGAGCCAAUUGACAGCCAGCUCAUGGCGUCAGCUAAGAGGAAGGCAGAGGUUGAUGCUCCUCAGCAGGAAUUACUAGGCUUCAAAAAGCCAGCUGUUGCUGCUACUGAUUCAAAAGACUUACCAAAGAGCGGGGAUGGAGAUGGACACACUCCCCUUACUGAGCCACAGACAGAGAUGGAGAUUGAACCGAUGGAAGUCGAGGACAAGCUGGUGUCCACCUCAGCCGUGUUGGGGAACAUUGAGGAGAGCAUGAACAAGGAGUUCCUGGAGAUGCUGAUAGAGAACAUCCUGAGUGCGUAUAACACCUCUGGUUCUGACUCUCCUACUGCAACACAAACAUUCAGUGUGGAGAUCCUGACACCUGUCCUAGACACUGGCCUGGCUGUUGUGACUUUCCAAAAUGGAAAAGAGACUGAGAACUUCAUCACCAGCUGCACCAGCAACAGGAUGUUCAGACAGAAACAACUAUCUGUUAAACUCCUGGAACUCACCACAAAAGUGAAAGUUGAAAACAUAAAUCCAAAUGUUAGUUCAGACCACCUCCAACUGUUAUUUGGAAAAGGGGGCGAGGAGGUGGAAGACGCUGAAAUGAAUGAAGAGGACCAAUCAGCAAUCCUCACCUUUCAAGAUCCUAAAGCUGUUCACAGAGUCCUAGAGAAACCACAUUACAUCGAGAAGCAGCCUCUCAAGGCUUUCCCCUUCUAUGAUUCUCUGGGAACGGCCUUGUACGGCAAAGACAGACCCACAUUGAAACUCCCUUCUGCCUUCACCGAAAACAUCAACCAGGCAAUUUGGAGAUACCUCUGUGACAACCAGGAAGCUGCAGAGACCAUCCACAAGGAAAUGACCAAAAACUUCUGCAAUGUAGACUUCCAACAACCUACCAUCAAGUUAAGCCCACUGCCAUCUCUACUCAAACAGAAGGGUGUGAAACCCAAGCACUUACAACAAUGGAAGGACACCACCAAAGUUGCUUUAAUCCAAGCCUUGUCUAACUUUAAAUCAUUGGAGCUCCAGGUUCAGGGCACUGCAUGGGAAGAGUCUGAAGGGGAGAUCCUCAAGGCGGUGUCUGGGGAGGCCGUGAUGUUAGUCCGGGAAGAGACCAGAGGUGUUCUGGCAGUGGUAGGAUUGGUAGAAGAUGUGGACCGGCUCAGGCAGACGCUGGAUGGGAUCAUGGACAGGAUAUCUAGAAGAAUCAAGAGGGAGAAGGCGAGCAUAACAGAGGAGUUCCCUCUGGUUCCAUCAAUCUACCAGGUACUGUUGCAUGGCGGCCUGCUGGACAAGAUUGUUGGUGAAUUCCCAGACUUGAAGCUGACGUAUAAUCAAGAGAGCCAGAGUGUGACCAUCUAUGGGUUGUUGCAAGAGGUGUUGUGUGCUAACAGAAAGCUUGCAGGUGAAGUAGUAGCCCUGAAACAAAAGCUGGUGGAAUUGGAUGACUACGUCCUUGAGUUCCUGCAGGAAGAAAACCAGGAAAAGCUAUCCAGUUCCCUUCUCACCUUACAGAGCAUCAAUGCAGCACUAAAAAUAGAGAGAAAAGGAGUGCAGCUUCUGGCAGUCUCUGAGGAGGCCCUGUGCGAAGCAGAACAUCAACUGCAUACGCUUUUGAUUUCUCAAUACAUAGAUGUAGAAGACUCCGAUCUCCUGAGGAUGUCCGAGUGGAAGGAUAUUGCCAACCGUUUGGAGGAAGCUUCAAACACUCCUUUCAGGAAAGUUAUGGUCCAGACAUCAGGUGCCUAUUCAGGACAACAAGUGGUAGUGUCUGGCUACAAGGAAAAGGUUCUCUUAGUCCGGAAUGAAUUGGAUGAUUUCUUACACCAAAAUGCUCAUGUUGACGAAACUAUCGAAGUUAAGCCUGAGGCUAUUGGUAAAUUCAUCCAGGAACAACACAGGGAUGCUUGGUCUGAUAAAGUCAGAGAUAGUGGAGUUAAAGUUUCUUUCAAGGAUGAGGCUAUUUACCUGAGUGGCACCAGAGUUCACGUAACAGAUUGCAAGGAAUUAUUCGAAAACUUGGUAUCCUCCACAUUCUUUGACGCCUUGAAAAUCUCCAAGCCUGGAGCAAAGAAGUUCUUCCAGGACAAUGAGCCCAUGUAUGUUGACACAGUGAUGAAUCAGACAGGCUGUGUGGUCCAGCUGAUUGAAGAAGAGUAUGAUGCCAAUGGCGGACAAGGCAUAAAGCUAGCAGGAGGAGGAAUGAAACCUACCUACCAGCUUCAAACACCUGAUGGGGUGGAGAUAGCCGUUUGCAAAGCAGACAUGUGCAAAUAUUCUGCAGACGCUGUUGUCAAUGCCGCCGCCCUGGACCUGAAGCACAAUGGCGGUCUUGCAGGAGCUCUUCUGGAUACUGUUGGCCCUCAACUGCAGGAUGAGUGCAACCAGAUCAUCAAGAACAAGGGUCAGCUCAAGCCAGGGGACAGUGUCAUCACUAGUGCAGGAGGGAAGCUCCGCUGCAAGCACAUCAUUCAUGCAGUGGGACCCAGGUUUGACCAGGCAAACCCCCAGAAGGCCAUGGGACAGUUGAGGAGGGCGGUGAAAGGGAGUCUGGAUCUAGCAGAGACCCACAACUGCCUGUAUGUGGCUCUUCCUGCUAUUAGCUCCGGGAAUCUAGGUUUUCCUCUGACCCUGUGUGCAGACACCAUCGUCAAAGCAGUUAAAGAAUACUGUGACGACAAGUUUGGGUACAAUACUCUGAAGAAGAUCCAUCUGGUGAACAAUGAUGACAAGACAGUCCAGGCUAUGGAGGCAGCGGUGCUGAAGGUGUUUGGGAGCCAUGGGACUAGUCAUCCACGAGAGAAUCGACCCACCAUAGCUACACACAGACAGCCUGGUAAUCGGGUUCAACGCACAAGUGGUUCAAGUGUGCAGACAAAAGAGGGGCUAGCUAUUACCCUGACGAAAGGGAAUAUCCAAGAUGCUGUGACAGAAGUUGUGGUCAACACCGUGGGUGAGGACCUAGCACUUAACCAUGGUGCAGUCUCCAAGGCCAUCCUCACCGCUGCUGGCCCCCAACUUCAGACUCUGGUAAACCAACAGGGCACAGCCGGAAGGGCUGGGGAAGUCAUUGUCACCACUGGCUGCAACCUGAAGAGCAAGCGGGUGUUUCAUACCAUCGCCCCUCACUGGGACAAUGGACAAGGAGCACCACAGAAGAUAUUGAGCGGGAUCGUGAAAGAGUGCUUGAGUGAGGCAGAGCAUCAGGGACUCAUCUCGAUCACCUUCCCUGCCAUCGGCACGGGAAACCUGGGCUUCCCCAAAGACCUGGUGGCCUCUCUGAUGCUGGAAGAAGUCCUCAAGUUUAGCAGUAAGAAGAACCCCAAGCACCUGAAGGAGGUGGUCUUCAUCCUCCACCCAGGUGAUGCAUCGACGAUCCAGGCUUUCACUGAUGAAUUUAACAAAGGUUUCACAACCCAGUCGGGAACGUCAAGGGGCUCAGCAGCAUCCAGUCAACAGAGUAAAGGCCCCUUCUCUAAAAUCACUUCAAACUCAGGGAUGCACGAGACGAAGAUGGGAGGGGUGCUUAUACAGGUCAUCACAGGAGACAUCACUAAGGAGACCACUGAUGUCAUCGUCAACUCCUCCAAUAACACCUUCAGUCUCCAGACAGGGGUAUCUAAGGCCAUUCUCGAUGCGGCUGGUCAGAUUGUAGUAGCGGAAUGCCAACAACUCGGAGCCCAGCCUAACAAUGGAGUGAUACUUACCCAGCCGGGCAACAUGCGGUGUAAGAAGAUCAUCCACAUGGUUGGUCAGACGGACCCAAAGAAGAUCCAGGAGUCGGUCAAAGGAGCACUGCAAAUGUGUGCACAGAAUAACCUCACAUCCAUCUCCUUCCCUGCUAUCGGCACAGGUCAGGGCAAUGUACAGGCGGGCCAGGUGGCUGACGCCAUGUUGGAUGCUGUUGUGGAGGUGGUGGGUCAGAAGUCCCAAAACACACUGCAGCUGGUCAGGAUGGUCAUCUUCCAGCCUGCCAUGCUCACAGAGUUCCACAAAUCUAUGGUGAAGAAAGAGGACACAGACGUUGACACUCAAAAGAAGGGGAGCAUCUGGGGAAAACUUAAAUCAUUGUUAACCUGGGGUAAAGCUGACAUGCCACAAAAGGAUAAGGAUUUUGUCAUCGAGGGCCAGCCAGCAGAUCCAGCUUUCUUCCAUAUCUGCGGUGGAUCUCAGGCCAGAGUGGACCAAGCCAAGCGUUGGAUCAAGGACCUGAUCCUGAAGGAGCAAGUCAGCAACAGCAUCACCGAUGACGCCAUCCUCAACUUGUCUGACUCUGACCGUAAGUGCAUCCACGAAAUGCAGACCACCAUGGGAGUGAGUGUGAGGAUAGAAUACAAUUCUUCCAGGGAGGAAGCUAUGCUCACGGUCGAGGGCCUUAGCAAGGAUGUCCUCAAUGCAGUCAACGAGAUCCAGGAGAUGCUGAGGAAGGCCAGGGACAAAGAGACCUUCAACAGGAACGUGGAAGUGGCCAGCAACAUGGUGGAGUGGCAGUAUCAGCAGCAGCCAGGGGGGCAGUACCAGAGCUUUGACCCCAUCCCCAACUUCCAUCUGGAGCAGGCGCUGGAGAGGAAGUUGCCCCACAUAGCGGUCUCUUUCCAGGGGCAGAUGUACAAGGUCACCCUGCCUGACGGGCCUGCUACAGAUACCCAUAACAACAGCCUCAAAAUUAGACGCAUCGACAAGUUUGCAGCUCAACCCAUUGACAGUCUCCCUCAGCAUUGGGAUGCCAUGCCAGCAAACACGUCAUGCCAUUCCUGCCUCAUUCAGCCAGGAAGCCCAGAGCACAAUGAAGUCUUAAACUUGUUCCAAGCCACCUGCGGCAACAUUGUUUUAAAGAUUGAGAGGAUCCAGAACCCAAGCCUGUGGAGGAACCUCCAGAUCAAGAAGGAUGAAAUGGAGCUCAGGAAUGGUCAUAAGAACAACGAGAAGAGGCUCUUCCAUGGAAUGUGCCACACAACCAUCAAUCACAUCAACCACCAUGGCUUCAAUCGGAGCUAUGCUGGGAAAAAUGCUGCAAUGUAUGGAAAAGGCACAUAUUUUGCAGUUGCUGCCAGCUACUCUGCCAGUAACACAUACUCAAGACCAGAUCCACAAGGACAGAAGUAUGUUUUUCUCUGCCGAGUUCUGACUGGAGAUUUCACAACAGGACGACAGGGGAUGAUAGUGCCUCCAGCUAAAAACACUACAUCUGCUCAACUCUACGACAGCGUGACAGACAACCCAUUAGGGCCAUCCAUGUUCGUUGUAUUCAACGACAUUCAGGCAUAUCCCGAGUACUUGAUCACUUUCCGCUAGACCACAGAGAUAAAAGCAAUGCAAAGAACACUCGUUCUUUUUAUCUGCCGUGUAAAGUUUUCAGGAGCUUUUCUACGAUCUGUUUUAUAAAUUGUCUUUUAUAAUGUUUCUUAAACUGAAAAUGAUUGUUACUUUUGCAUGAAAAAGUGUAACUAUUACAGGUUGGUUGUAUAAGUUUGCCAAAUGACUGUCAUUUUAUAAUCUACAAUUGAUGUUUUUUUUUUUUUUUUACAAUCUCAAUGGCCACUGUGCUUUGUGCAGGUUGUACAUAGGGGUUGGGACUUCCUGUGAAUGUACAUCCUUGUUCACUGUCUCAUUGGACGAACAACUGAAAAAAGACAAAGUACUCUGCAUGGCUUGUUUUGGAUUGUAGUUCAGUGUUGCCAAGUUGAUUGUAAACUAUGGUCAACGUCUGAUAAGCACAUACAUUUAUAUGACGUGAGUUAAUGGAUAGAGAAUAAGGCUCUAUGAAAGUCCCUGCCUUGUGCUGAGAAAUCAUGUGACACCAAAUGUGAUAUUACGUGGAUGUGUAUGUUUAUGAAAUGGCCUUUCAAUCAGUUUGCUUUUGUGCAGGAAAGUAAAAAUAAUGAAUAUAUUUUCCAGCUAUCAGAUUCAGAUAUAUAUAUGCUGAACAGAAAUGUAAACGCUACAAGUAGUUUUUCAUGAGCUGAAAUAAUAAAAAAAUCUGACAUUU